AUGAAUUACGGUACAACCCACGUAUCUAACGCGUUGAUCGUAAUUCAAAUUUUAGUCGCCGCCGUCGCGCUCGACACCCCAUGCAACCGUUAAAGGACAUUGUAGAUUUCUUAAAAUGAAACAUACAAACAAUGAAAACAAUUAGUUUUACGAAAAACUCAACGUCGAUUAUGAUUAUUUUCGACAAUUGGAGUGCUGUUCACAUUCCACCGGUGUUAGUGAAUACACUUAACCCGCCCUUCUGAACGAAGUGCUCUUGCUUUUUCGACUAACACAACAUUGUUGUUUGAGCACAAACAAACACCGGACAGAGGUUAUUGAAAAAUAUCCUAUUGUGAAAACAAUGACCACCCUCAUAACUCCAAAAAUCGCGCAAGCACACUUCUUCAUUCAUUCGAAUAGUGCCACCCCGCUGUUUCUGACUAGUAUUCGUUUACUGUUGAAAAUUGAGGUCCGAUGUCGUUGGCACCAGAGAAAUUAAUAGGAAAAUAUUACUUGUCCCAUAUAAAAAAUUGAGAAUAAAUUUAUGAAUUUCAAUAGUUAACUUUUUUCAGCAGGGAACACUGGAAGAAACUCAGCUGCAGACAAACUGAUCACACCAAACAAAGAGUAUCGCGAUGAAAAUAGAGAUCACCGGGCGUGCGAUCAGACACCCCUUCUUGACGAGUUCCCGGAUUUCCCUAGAAUUGGAGAACGAACAGGUGAGUUAUCGGCAAUGAAAUUGUGCAGUCACUCCACUUAUUUUAUCAUCUUUUUCUCCCUGAUGAGAAAACAUUGUUUUUCCCAAACGUGUGUUCCUAGCGUGAGUGUGAGAACAAAAUAUCUUAAACCAUGUCGAUCCUGCACCAAAGACCAGCUUAAGGUUGGAUAAUUCCUCGAUCAGCUGACAGUUUCUAGUUAAAUAUUUGAAACACAUUUCUAACUAACUGUAUCAUGAUGACAUCUCAAAAUAGACGGCCCCUUAACCUUUCUUACAAUAAACCGUAUCCACGUCGACGAAUUUAUAGAGUCUUUGCUGAUGCUUGAUGAGAUUUCAUCAAUGGCAACGUCAAUUGAAGACGAAUCCGCAUUUGACUUUGAAGGUGCACCUAAUGACGAUCCAUUCGAGUUACCAGGUUGGUGGACACGAAAUUUCUGCUGCGAGACAAGAACCUGGAUUAAAAAGGAAAAUUGUUUACAUUAUUUUCAAUAUUAGUACAUUUUCAACAGACAAUUUUUUUUCACUCUCAUCCUUCUUCUUAGAUUUUGCUGAAGAAGCGAUCACAAUUGAUGAAAUAUCCGAAAGCGAUCGCAGCUACCAAGCUAUUAUGAACAAUCAAGUAAGUUUGUUUUCAGGUUGAAAGCAUAACGUUUCAUAAAUUUCCAGAUGAACGUGUUCAUUGUCGUUUUGGAAGAUUUGUCAGUUGAUGGAGAACUAGCAAACAAAAAUCUCCUUAUUAAUGGCAAACUGAAACGGUAGACCAUAUUUACAACAUUCAGACUUUCCGUAAUUUGCAGUUACAUCAACGCGCUAAAAAUAAAGGCAAACUAAAGUGGUUUUAUGGACUAGCCACAUUCUAGUAUCUUUUGCAUUCUGUUUCGAAAUAAUCUCCAAGCUUUAGAAGCAAGAACUAGUUGAAAAUGUUCUAUUUUUCAGACUAAACUUAGAUACCAAGUUUGGCAUGAUCCGGAACGAAGUGAAUGGAUUAAUGAAGAGUGGAGUCAGUCAGUCACCAACUAGUAGCACCGGAUCAAACAAUCCAUGUGUUACUUUUCAACUGGAGGCACCUGCAAAUUCUAAAAUCACCAGUUUGAACGUAAGUGGAAAAUUCGUAUUAUGGGUUCCCGGUUUAGAUUCACUCGUGUGCCACGAGCAACUUACCAGAGACCUUACCUGUUUUAACCUCUGUAUUGUUCUUUUUUUGUUUUCAAACCAGCCACGUGCAAGUGAAUGCAGUGGAUGAAUGUAUGAUAAUAGAGUACUAAAAACAAUUUCUAUCGGCAAAGCGUUCAGAAGUGAACAUUGUAAAAGUUAAUACUUAAAAAAAAAAAUAAAAUUUAUAACAAAAAAUUCGUGGCCUAACUUUUCAAACUCGGCCCCGAGGUCGCUCAAUUUGCACUGCAAAAAGAGUUUCUCAACAGAGCGCCAUUUCUGUGCGGUGCCCCUAUAAUAAAGACGGGAACUCUUCAAAGCAGUAUCGUCAAAAAUCUGGCCGGGUUCAAGAAUUUUGGAAAACGUAUCGCUUUUUCAGAUUUUUUACUCGGGGGCCUGAUGAAGUUAUCUGGAGCUUCUUAUAAUUUUAAGCAUUUUUUAGGUUAACGUUCAAAAACUGAUGUCAACCAUACACGAUGAAAUUCUCGACCACCUUGGCGCAUUUGUGAAUGAUGAAAUUGUCACUGAAAAAAGCAUCUGCUUGACCGUUAACGUUCAGAACUCCCAAAUUGAAAUAUUGGACAAAAACCGAAAGAAGCCGCUCAAAUUGAAGAUUAAGACUUUCUCAUUCGAACUCAAUGACGACUGA